ACCUCAAGCAAGCACGUUGGGAUUCUUUUCGCCUUACAGACCGACCCUCUUCGAGCGAGCGCGAUAGAUAUAGAGAAGAAGAAGAAGAAGAAGAAGAAGAAAGGGUUUUGAUUGUGAAUGCUUGUUAUCCAUAUCGCCAAAAAAAAAAUCGCCAUACAAAAGUUAAGAUUUUUUGAGUGAGGUGAAACUUAAGGGGUUGGAAAAAAAUGGGGGGUUCAUCAGAUACGAAGUUCCUGCAAGACUUGCUAUUGUACGCGGCCAGCGCUGCUAUGAGUUGCCUGGUUCUCUUCGUUGGAUUACGACAACUUGACCCAACCCGGGAGGCUUCCAAAAAGGUCCUCGAACACAAGAAAGAGAUUGCCAAGCGUCUUGGUCGACCCCUUGUCCAGACCAACCCUUACGAGGAUGUUAUAGCAGGCGACGUUAUAAAUCCUGAUCACAUCGAUGUGGAGUUUGACUCUAUUGGGGGAUUGGAAACAAUCAAGCAAGCUCUGUUUGAGCUUGUUAUACUGCCUCUGAAAAGACCGGACUUGUUUUCUUAUGGUAAGCUUCUUGGACCUCAAAAGGGCGUCCUGUUGUAUGGUCCUCCAGGAACUGGGAAAACCAUGCUUGCGAAAGCAAUUGCUAAGGAGUCAGGAGCUGUUUUUAUUAAUGUGAGGAUAUCAAACCUGAUGAGCAAGUGGUUUGGUGAUGCCCAAAAGCUUGUGACUGCUGUAUUUACCCUUGCUAAUAAGCUCCAGCCUGCCAUCAUAUUCAUUGAUGAGGUUGACAGUUUUUUGGGUCAACGUCGUACAUCGGAUCAUGAGGCUUUAUUAAACAUGAAAACUGAGUUUAUGGCUCUAUGGGAUGGAUUUACCACAGAUCAUAAUGCUCGAGUUAUGGUCCUUGCAGCUACCAAUCGUCCUUCUGAACUUGAUGAAGCAAUACUUCGACGCCUUCCUCAAGCUUUUGAAAUUGGAAUUCCAGACCAGAGGGAGAGAGCUGCAAUAUUGAAGGUUAUCUUAAGGGGAGAGAGGGUUGACGAAGGCAUAGACUUUGAUUAUAUAGCUAGCUUAUGUGAUGGUUAUACUGGGUCAGAUCUGUUUGACCUUUGCAAGAAGGCUGCCUAUCUUCCUAUUCGAGAACUACUAGAUGAAGAGAAGAAGGGAAAACGUUCUUCCGUGCCUAGGCCUUUGUCGCAGUUGGAUUUGGAGAAGGUCCUUGACACUUCCCAGAAGACGAAGGCUGCUGCAAGUGCAUACAGUGGGUUGUCAUCAUCAAGAUGGACACCAAGUGAGUCAGGUGAUUAUCAACUUCAAGCUGCAAUCAAUGAAAUUUCUAAGCUUGUGGUUUCUCACAUGAUUAACCUCCAUGCUCAGGAUCCGUAAAAUGUUUGACUUUGUUUAGAGCAUUAUUCUGCUAUUACUUAUGUUGCCCAUUCCAGAUUGUAACAGGCUAACAACUACUACUUCCUAGUUAUAGACUUAUAGUAGUUCUAGAGUAACUUUAUUAUUACUAUAUAUUGAUUAUAUUAUAGAAAUCCGUGGUUGGCUUUUGCAUUUUGCUCUA